AUGGGAAUACGUGCAGGCCGGAAAUCGAAGCAGUAUUUGGUAUCAGUGAAUGCAUUUUACAUGAUUGAGGUUAUGCGUCUUGCAAUUAACAAUAUACAGAAGGUCGCCAGUAUCAACAUAUAUUCUAUCUGUUACAGUCUCAUCACAGACUCAGGCAGAGCCAGUCCCGUGCCAGACACAGGUUGGGAAGCCUACACCUGGAGACAUUGGUGCGUCCUGGCUGCACUCCUCCUGCUCAGCGGCGGUGUCGUGCUGGCAGUGGCCGUGCCCUUAGCGUCCCGUCGCACUCAGGUCGAUCCCGAGGACACCCUCGCCCGCGUGCACAGGAUAUUGAGUAAAGUUCCGCUCAUCGAUGGGCACAACGACCUCGCGUGGAACAUCAGGAACUUCGUGCACAACAAGCUGGAGAAAGUGGACCUGUCGCUCAACCUCAGCACGGUGGAGCCCUGGGGAAGCUCGCAGUGGUCGCACACGGACCUUGCACGCAUGAGGCAGGGCAGACUCGGCGCGCAGUUCUGGGCGGCCUACGUUCCCUGCGGCGCCCAGUACCUCAACGCCGCCCAGGUCACGCUCGAGCAGAUUGACGUGAUCAAGCGCAUCAUCGCUCGCUACCCGCAGCACCUCGGAUACGCCCAGUCCUACGCCAGUCUCAUGGAGGUCUACAACAGUGGGCGGAUAGCGAGUCUUUUGGGCGUCGAGGGAGGUCAUCUCAUGGGCGCCAGUCUGUCUGUUCUAAGAAUGUACUACGACCUGGGCAUCCGCUAUCUCACCCUCACGCACACCUGCAACACGCCAUGGGCAGACUCGUCCCUCGCAGACUCCCCCGGCCACCAGGCGGAGAACUUCGGCCUGAAUGACUUCGGAGCGAAAGUCGUCCUGGAGAUGAACCGCCUCGGGAUGCUGGUGGACCUCUCCCACGUGUCCCAGCAGACCAUGCGCGACGCCCUGGCCGUGUCCCGCGCCCCUGUCAUGUUCUCCCACUCCUCCGCCCACGCGCUCUGCCACCACUCCAGGAAUGUGCCUGACGAUGUCUUAAAGCUAGUGCAAUUAAAUGGUGGAGUUGUAAUGGUCAGCUUCUAUAAUUAUUUCCUCACCUGUAAUGAAACAGCCACCGUCCACGACGUUGUCCGUCACAUCAACCACAUCCGAGAAGUAGCUGGGCUUGACCAUGUCGGCUUGGGGGCCGAUUUUGACGGCAUAAACAAGACUCCCGUGGGCUUGGAGGACGUGAGCAAGUACCCGCUCCUUCUCGCCGAGGUGCUCAAGGACUCUCGCUGGUCCGAGGAAGACGUGGCUAAGCUCGCAGGAGGGAAUCUGCUGCGAGUACUUCGGCGGGCGGAGCAGGUGCGAGACGAGCUGAGUUCGACGCAGCCCUACGAGGACCACAUCCACCCCGACAACCUCGCUGGGCGGCAAGCGUGUUGGUGGACGUGACGCCUCCAGGCCCUUAGUCCCCCACCCGCCGUGUUAGUCCUCGCUCUCGCCCUCGCUCUCCUCGUCUACUGCUUCCACCACCCGGGUCGUCUCCAAGGUGCAGGAAGUCCCUCUAGGAAAUAAAAGGGGCGGGGCGAGAGAGGGUUUUCUUUCCUUCUCGAAGCAGUGUAUUUUUUAUUGUCUUUUUAUUAAUGAGAAAUAAAGUGGGAAAAAAAAGAAAAAAAAGAAGAAAAAUCUCUUGAUCUGAUGUACGGUUUGACGAUUCAAGCUGGCCUUCUUCUUUCGCUUGGAUUCGAGCAGAAUGUGAAAUUUAAAUGAGAUUUGACGACUCGAAUAUUCUCGGACCAAAUGUGUCCAUAAAGAAAAGAAAGAAAGGAAAAGAAAAGGUUUAUUUUCAAUACUUUUAUUUAUUAUUAUUAUUAUUUUUUUUUUUUCAAGUGAGACUUAUUCCUGGAAUACAUGUGCAGCAUAAAUCAAUGAAACAAUUAUUUCGGUAAAAAAAAGUUACUGAGGAGAGUUAUCAUUCUGGUGCUUUAGAAUAUUACA